AUGGCCAAACCAGCGCCACACCGGCCGCCGGCUAUGGAGGCCGAUCCCGACGCGUCGGCUGGCCAUUCGGUCGGAAAUUUGGCUGCCGGUGUCGCCCAGCUGCGGGCUUUCACGUCGGCCGGCGCGUGCGUGGUUCCGGUGGCCAGAAAAAGUGGUGGAGGCGGUGGUGCUUCUAGAGGAGGUGGCGGUGGAGGUGGUUCUAGGGAUGGUGGAGGUGGUGGUGCUCCUAGAGGAGGUGGCGGUGGAGGUGCUUCUAGGGAUGGUGUAGGUGGUUCUAUGGAUGGUGUAGGUGUAGGUGGUUUCGGGGAUGGUGAUGGUGUAGGUGGUUUAGAGGAUGGUGAAGGUGGUUUCGAGGACGGAGAUGGUGAAGGUGGUUUAGGGGAUGGAGAUGGUGUAGGUGGUUUCGAGGAUGGUGAUGGUGCAGGUGGUUCUGGGGAUGGUGUAGGUGGUUCUGGGGACGGUGUAGGUGUAGGUGGUUUCAGGGAUGGGGAUGGUGUAGGAGGUUUAGGGAAUGGUGAAGGUGGUUUCGGGGACGGAGAUGGUGUAGGUGGUUUUGGAGAUGGUGUAGGUGUAGGUGGUUUUGGGGAUGGUGAAGGUGGUUUAGGGGAUGGUGAUGGUGUAGGUGGUUUAAGGGAUGGUGUAGGUGGUUUUGGGGAUGGUGUAGGUGGUUUUGGGGAUGGUGUAGGUGGUUUUGGGGAUGGUGAAGGUGGUUUCGAGUAUGGAGAUGGUGUAGGUGGUUUAGGAGAUGGAGAUGGUGUAGGUGGUUUAGGGGAUGGUGGUGGUGGUGAAGGUGGUUUCGGAGAUGGUGAUGAUGGUGGGGGUGGAGGAGGUGAAGCAGGAUACCGUGGAGGUGGUGGUGGCGGUGAUGGUGAGGGUGGUGGUGGUGGAGGAUACCUUGGAGGUGGUGGUGGCGGUGAUGGUGAGGGUGGUGGUGGUGGUGGUGGUGGAGGAUACCGUGGAGGUGGUGGUGGGGGAUAUCGUGGAGGUGGUGGUGGUGGUGGAGGGCGGGUAAAUAUUGGAGGGAAUGGGAAUGGGAAUGGGAAUGGAGGCAGUUGA